AAACUAAGUAUAUGCCCAGGAAGUAGCAAUCAUCCUUUAUUUCCAAGGGGAGAGCAAAGAGGAACCGGUUGUAUUAUGUUAAUGAUACAUGAAUAAAGAUACUGUUACAUAGUUAUAGUAUAGAUGCUGUUAAUAUAUAGGUAUAACUGAUAUUAACAUUUCUAGGUGCUUUCUUAGUGUGUUGCAGUCUGUUCUUUUAAACCCAGAAUGUAACUAAGUCACUCUCUUUCUUGGCUUAAAAUGUGCUAUUUCCUAAAUCACAGAAGGCUGUUUACUAAGUGACUCAGAAGUGCAUCACUGCCUGUACAAAUAUUCCUUAAACAAAUACUUUAUCUUCUAAGGUAUUCUUAUUCAAAAUAUCAGAGUUGUGCAGUGCUGGUUAUUGAAGAAAUCUUCCCGUGUUGAUUUGUUGACUCCUAAGAAGCAGCAGAUGACCUAUGAACAUUAAAUGUCUGGUUGCUUAUGGAAAGAAAUUAAACUCCCUUUUCAUAUUAUAUACUGAAACUUAGAACUCAUUGAAAAAAGCUGAUUAGAAGGGAAAUAACACUACUGAGGUACAAUUUUUCCUGUGGAAUUCAAAUUAAAUCACCAUCUAAUGGAGUUUCUUUUUCCUUACAGGUGGAGACCUUUCAUCUACCAUGGCAUCGAGGCGUGUUCCAAAAGUGAAAUCCACAAUGGGAGGAUCUCGGUGCAAGGAGAGACACAUGGCUCUGCUUACCCCUGUGGGAAAGAUUGAGAUAUUGGGGUGUGAAACAGGCUUACAUGAAAUAAAGCUUCCAAAAAUGAGUUUGCUGCCAAGUGGGGCAGAGUCCACGGCCAUCUAUGAGGUGUAUGAAGGCAGCGAGGAGAUGACGGAGCCGCUGCAGCAGUGCAUGGGUUGGCUGCAUGCCUACUUCUGCGAGCCUGCAAGGACAGCGACCCUUCCCGUGCCAGCCUUCCACCACCCGCUGCUCCAGCAAGAUUCCUUCACCAGCAAAGUGCUGUGGACCCUGUUGAGAGACGUGAAGUUUGGAGAGGCCGUUUCCUACAAGCACUUGGCAGACCUGGCAGGCAACAGCAGAGCAGCGAGGGCAGUGGGAGGAGCCAUGAGGAGCAACCCUCUAUACAUUAUUAUCUAUAAAAUGCUUUAAAAUCUUCUGAUGGGGACAGAAAACACUGCGGUCUUCGAAUGGGGUGGGAAAUAACAAUAAUAAGAUAGGACCCCAUUUAAA